AUGUCGAACAAUACGACCAUACUAGCUACGAAAACCGACGAUGAUGAUGUCUGGCAGAUGCAACUAACCCUAGUGGCCCUUCUGAUAGCCAUAGUGGCUCUCUUCAUCGCAUUCUUCCAAGUUCUCUUACAAUACCUCAGUUCCCCUCAACGUGACAAAUGUCUAACUGGAGCAAUCGGGACUUGGUCGAACUUCACCAGAACUCGCUGGGACCUCUCAAGAUGGAGGAUCAGAGUCAAAUAUUCAAGGAUCAAUCUCUCACCAUGGAUGAUAAUUCACAUCAGACAAUCUCAAGAGGCGGAAAUCCUCAAAUGGGUACAAGAACAAGGCCGAGACUAUCAUCACACUUCAAUUGGUGGCUCUGGCAUUGGAAGGUUCGAUUUAACCCACGGAUCCCUCGUUCUACACUAUCCUGAUGAUCCCCAAAACACAUUAUCAUUCUGGAUGCUACCCUUCAAAGAAAAGGUAACCUGGACCUACUUUCGCAUAUGCCACUGGAGAUCAUGUCCAGGAUUUGCGAGAGCAGGUUGGGUCAACAUUCUAUCCGCCUUGAAUGUCUGUCCCGACAGUCGACUCAUGGAUGGAUUGCAAGACGCGGAUAUCAUCCCUUCCGCGGUCGACGCUCCAUUCCAAGUUGUGGAUCUGAACACCCUUGGUCUCCUCUGUUAUAUGCUCGGUCUGCGAGAUGUUAAAAUCGACGAAAGUUCCGGAACAAUCGAUGCGAGGAAUGCAUACCUUCGGGUGCAGACCUUAACUAUCCCCGCCGUAGGUCAAGUAGUAGCCAUCGAUGGUGAUUUUGAAAGUCUUCGGAAACAACUACAUACCGUCAACUCCGAAGAACUCAUGUCGGUGUUAAGAUCGGCAACGGGGCAUAUUCAUGUAAACAUGUUUCAGCCAAGUAUUCACUUUUUUGAUGAAGGUGCAGGACUUUAUGGACUCUUCUAUCGUUGGAAUAGUGAUAUGUGGGAAAGUUACCGUAUAUGGGUAACCACAAACUUGAUUGUUCAGAACCCCAGUCAUGAGAUAGCCGUUAAGGCUUCCCUAACUGCCCAAUGUACGGCGUACAAGAACGAAGCUGCCCUUAUGAUUCAAAUCGAGGAUUCUUGGUCUGCAAUCUGGAAUUCCUUGAUUGGAAGUGCAACCCCCACGAUCAUCAAGUACAUGGCAUUUCUACCAUUCAUGCCCAUAUGGUCAGCUCAGCCCGGGGAGUCCUUUUUUGCUGCCUAUAACAGCUAUCUGAACAAAUCCCGCGCCAACUAUAUGAAAAACCUUGGUCGGAAUUUCGUCCCAAAUAUCGAAUUCCACGCCAAAGUGGAAUUUAUGUUGGCAACGAACCGUGUACCAUUUAUUCGGCCAAAGUCUGAAUUCCUGUUAACGAAGGAUACAGGAGCAAUGCCUGAUGUUUCUAGAUCAUGGGCUAUAGAGCCUAGCAUCCCAAUUCUUAGGAGCUGGCCCGGUGCGUGCGACGUGGUUGAUCAAAUCCUCAACCCAAAUCUCCCUCUCCCUCUCCCCAAUGCCGUCAUCCAACUCCUCAAGGGAGGGCCUAUGCAAGAAGUCCGCACGGGGCUAGAGCAAUACGUCAUGGAAACCGAAAUUGCUGGAUACACUCUCGAGAGUACCAUCUAUCUAGCCCUCAUGUUUCUCGACGCCCGCAUCCAGACCUUGUGGUGCAAAGUAGAGGGUGCAGAUGACGGCCCACUAACCGGCUUUUACAAAGUCCCCGAGGUGACACCUUCAGAGCAGUGUAAGCUAAUGGACCACAUUCGAUUCCACCCAUCAGCUGCAGUCGUAGACUUCCUGGGAUGUUGGAUGGAUGUCUGUACAAAAAUCGAUGCAGUCGGUGAUACCAUCCUCUUAAUCGAAGCAUUCCACGAAGUUUUGGGCGAGUGGACGACCGGAGACGAACAUCUCUGCUACUCAAUCAUGGAUGGGUUCGUGCCAGACCCAUCUCCUGAAGAGACAAUGCGUGCCAGCUAUCAAAGGAUCGCUAUCAACGAUCGCGACCCUAGACAAAAACAUAUCAGUCAGGUAUUAUCAGGAAAGUGUCGAUCAGGCCAACCGAUGACGAAAUCAAAAUUCGCCGAAUGGGUUAAAGCAGACGAGAACAGACUCCGAGAAAUGGAAAAGAUUCUGCCGUUGCUUCAAUUGAGGAUUUGGUUGAUGCAGCUAUGUUAUGGGUGCUAUGCGGACUCUCCAAUGGUUUGUAAAGCAAGAAUGAGGAGGGGAACAAGGGUGGAAGUCAGGUUGAUAUGA